AUGAAUCCUCCAUCGGACACCUCACUCCCAUCAGACUCCGCCCAAGCAUGCCACAGCCCUCAGUCCCAGAGGACGACAGCGUCCUCCCACAGCAAGACAUGGAAGGGCAAAAUGGCAGCAGGGGCGAAGAAGAUAGGCCUUCCCUUUGGGAAGAAAGCACCGGACGAAACAGCGUCUCUUCAAACGACGGAGACGGUUCCGGAGAGCAGCUACACGUAUGAGAAGCCCGAAGGAUCUACAUUGAUGUCGCUAGAGGAAGAAUCCUCACCGACCGAGGCCAUGAAGUACGCCUCCCAAGUACAACACCAGGAUCAAUCGAAGGAGAGUGGGUACAACCAAAUGCUGGGCACGAUGUGGGAAGCAGUAGCAGCGGCCCAGCUAGUUCAGACUACGGAACGGCCCAAUCAACAGACGAGCACACCCAGUGAUCCUGGGGAGAACCCCUCAUGGAAAGAAGCAGCCCAACAAUGGAAGGCGAGCCAAGGGAUACGACGGGGGAUUCCCCAGAGCCAAGAAUCCAAGGCCCUGGGUCCCCGACCAGCUCCUCCAGCUGGCUAUCCUGGUACUUGGCAGACGGAACUCGACGAGUCCAUGGGAUCAACACUCCAAGACGUUAUACGUCACCAAUCCCUAGCUCAAGUCGAUACGUUUCAGACCCUCCAAUCCAACCUGACCCCAGAGAACGAACCCAGUGGGCAGAAGAGGAACGUCGCGCCUCAGCCAGAAAUAUUAUCACUAUCGCAGACCUCAGGACAUGGGCAGAUACCUCCAGGGAGCCCACAACUGCACGAAUCUCACCAGUCGAGUCCACCUCAUCUAUUGGGGGAACCCUCGACACUAUCACCGAGGAGGAAAACCCUAUCCCUCUCUCAAUCCCAGAACCCACUGGGACCCAGACCCCAUACUACUCCGCCGAAGAAGACCCAUGGGGAGAGCAGACAGAUACAGAGGAGCUACUCGAGCAGCACCCCCACGCAGACUCACCGCCCUGGCAGCGCAGGGUCUUAUUCACAGACACCAACGAGGAGGACACUGUCCUCUGGUGGUUCACAGGAAAUCAAUCCUGCGGAGGAACCACCGACGUUGAAGAGGCUGGCUGUGGGCACCUGUGGAAUAGUGAGCAGGCUAAAAGGCAAACCUCAAAAACCCACACACACACUCACACAACUACACAAACUACAAUCACCCUCGUAA